CCCUCUGAACCUGACAGCCCGUUAGCUUAGCUACCGCUGCUCACCGGCGAUGAGACAGCAAACAAGGACUCGAUAGGGCAUACGGAGUUGGACAUAAACCCUCCUUUUGGCACGAACAAUACAGAGGUCUGACUGAAACCAUAUUUAAUUUCUCGCUGGAGGAGUGUAAAUAUUUGUCAAGUUUGUUUCGAGGGAGGUAGAAGAGGACGUCGGCGGGGAAUGGACUCAGCGACCGAUUUCAUGCGACAUUAGGUUGGACAGCUCGGAAGCUUCGUUGACCACCUGACUUUAGUCAAACUAUUUACGGCUAAAUCUUUGCGCUUGCUUUUGGCUCAACCAUUUGGGAUGUGAGAAAUUUGCAAUCAGGUACAAUAACACCGGAAGGAAUAAAGCUAAUCGUUUCUGCUACCCUACCAGAGCUUUAGGCUAAACAUUGGAUCGCAGAAUUUCGAAAUUAAUCAGAGCUGUUUUGUGGUUCUGUCGUUUGUUACUUUGAUUAUUUGAUGUGAUAGCUUCUAAAGUAGCACAUCCUAACUAUUGGAAUAAGUCAUUUUACUUUUAUCGAUGGGGCUUGAGCGUCGCGAACCAACUAGCAUUGGUAGCUGUGCGUUAGCCAGCAGCCAGAAUUAAAAGCCCACCGGCCGACUGCGAAAACCCCCCAUAAGUUGAUUCUUCCUGGAGGCAGGGAUGCACCACCAGGACUUUUGCGGAGACCCACCCGGUAGUGGCAGCAGGAAAACGGUGUUUCAUUACCGCAGGGGCAGUGGUGGAGGGCCACCUGCUUCUUCCACUGCCUCUGGAGUGACAGGGUUUGAAGACAAUCCUUCCCCAGCUGGAGCCUCUUCUCCGGGACCCCACCAACAGCCCGCAUCCCAAAUGACUGGCGCUCAGGUGAAGAAGAAGAGUGGCUUUCAGAUAACAAGUGUCACCUCGGCUCAGAUCAACGUAAGUGGAAGUAACAGUUUGGCUGAUGACACGGAGAGCUAUGACGACUUGGAUGAGUCGCACACCGAGGACCUCUCUUCCUCUGAUAUGCUGGACGCUUCGGUCUCUCGAGCUACUGAUGUAGGAGUGCCGGAGAGAAGUUCAUCGGACGAGACAUUAAACAGUCUCCAUGGAGUUGACACGCCUGGCCUUGUGUCGCCCAAUGAGCCCCCAUACCCACAUUCCAGCCAGGGAACCCAGAAGCAUAGCGCAAUGGUAAAUGGGACAGUACACCCUCAUUAUUAUCCGCAGCAGCACAGUCUGCCGCAACAGCAUCAUUCUGAUAAUUUGGGAGCAGGUGAAUCAUCUUUGCCAUGCCCUCCUAAUGCCCCAACGGCCAGCUCCAGCCAGCAGCUUUCCAAAACAGGUGUGAAUCAGUCCCAGAGGCCACCGGUGUUGGAUAGCACCCAACCAGUUGGGGGGACAACACAACCGUCAGCCCCUAUUGUUGGUAGGACGGCUGGUGACGCACAUCUACAGGGCAGUGGGAAUUUUCAGAAUGUCUCUUCUGUCACUCCAGCAAACCCCUCUGGGCAGCAAGGUUUUGACAACACUAGCGUGAGUGUAUCUGCAGCUACGACUGCUGUAGGAACUGGCCAGUCAGCCACUGCCCCUGCCACUCAAACGCAGACGACUACAAGCUCCCGUUUCCGAGUGGUAAAAUUGGACACAAACUCUGAGCCAUUUCGCAAAGGAAGGUGGACGUGUACGGAAUUUUAUGAGAAGGAGAUUUCACCUGCACCUCCGGUUCCAGAGGCACCUAAAACUGCCGAGUCUUCCACAGAGACUGAGCCUAACAACGCUGGAGUAAGUCCAAUUCUUCCAGCUGUCCAGCCACCUCACACCUUGCAGCCAUAUCAGCUGCCGAGCCAAGAGUACGCUAGCCCUCAUGCGAUGCAGAGCCCCCCACAAGCUCUGGGCCAAACCAGCCCCCUUGUCUAUGUGUCACCGCAGGAAGUCGUUGGCACUGCGAAUAAUAAGAUGCUAGGGGCUCCUGGUAGUCUCCCAACAACUGCAUCACAAAUUGGUACAAGCCAGCCUGCCUCCCUCAUACCCCAGCAGUUACCCUACACCGUGGACCAGCAGCAAGCUCAAGCACCAGGAGGUUAUGGAGCACCUCAGCUAAGUGGUCUGCAACCAGACUUUAUCCAACCCACUGCUCCGUUUCAAACCCAGGUCCAGCCUCCACUGGCGCACGUGAGUGCAUCCGUAUCGCCUGGGUCAGCGGUCACAGCAAAGCCACUUGGCAGCCUGGCUCAGCCGUCACUCCACCAAGGUCAUGUGGCUCCAUCUGCUAUAGAAACCUCUGCCACGGUCCAACAGCCAUCACAUCCCCUACAAAUAGCCUCCACUGCUUCUGCACCACCAGCGCAGGGGGCUGCCUACAUGCCUUUGACUGCACUUCAAGCUGACUUACAGCCCCUUCUCAGCCCGGGCACAGCUCUCUACCCAUCCCCUGUAGCAGGAGGGGUUUCAUUGAAAGCAUCCCAACUGGAAGAUGCACAGAAACUUCUGUUUCAACACCAAGGCCUCCUAGGACUGCCUAGGCUGGGCGCUGCUGCCGGUGGAGUGAUGUCUGCAGAUGCUGGCAUCACAGCCAGAAGCCUGGCCCACAUGGGAAUGUCAGUGGAGGCCAGUGCCCUUGUCGCCGCUGCUGCUGGUUUGAGGACUCAACAUGUUGAAGGAGAGGAUGACAGCUCUUCAGGUGCAAGUGUCGUGGCCAUUGACAACAAGAUUGAGCAGGCGAUGGAUCUGGUGAAAAGUCACCUGAUGUACGCCGUGCGCGAGGAGGUGGAGGUGCUGAAGGAGCAAAUCAAGGAGCUGAUGGAGCGCAACAACCAACUGGAGCAGGAGAACAACCUGCUCAAGACCCUGGCCAGCCCCGAGCAGAUGGCUCAGUUCCAGGCCCAGGUCCAGACUGGCGGCUCCCCCACCGGCGCCGCCCUACAGCCUCAGGUCCCAGGUUCUGGCGGAACCGCGCAAGCCCUCCCCUCUGCGCAGAAUUCAGGUCCGUCCGUGUGAAGAGAAAGGAGCCAUACUGUGAGCCACCCCGACUAUGCCACCUUCUUGAGGACCCUCCUGCAAGUUUUUGUUGCACAUUUAAUUUAUUUUGCCUCGUCUCGCAACUUUUACCUGCUCGGACAAUCACUGUUGUCACGGUGACUGGAGGAACGCACCAAGCGGAUGUGAACUGAAGCCCGUAGUCAGUCUUUGGCGUCAAAUCCCUCCUUGUCAAAGCUGUGGAACAUGUGCCAAUGUCGACCACCCCCGCCCUCCGCCUCAACCCAACACACAUUCCAUUUUUUCCUCCACAUGCACAUGUCGCUGCUAACAAAUGAACUUUAAUGGAGGACUUGUGCCCCACCCUCUCCUCCCUAUCUGGAACGGGAAGUAGUAAUUUCCAGUUCUGACGCUCUGGGUUGAGAGUGCUUCAAAGUGAAAUGAUGAACUGCAUCAAGCGUGUUAGUGGCGUCUCACUUCUCCCACGUCACGUUGCCGUCCCCACACUCGCCCAUUGGAAGAGGAGUUCAUUAUUUAUGCAGGGAUUCAAUGUUAUUUCUACAGGGUUAACUGGGGAAGUGUUAGGAUGUAUUUCCUAUGUUUGCUCUCAUGGAUGAAAAUUAAUGUUCCAGUGAUGUGUAAGAGAAAUACAAGAAAUAGGAUACGACUGUUUUUAGGUUUGUACAAAAGAAAACAUUUCCAAUUCUGCAAAGUGCCUGGUUUUCAACCAUAGAUACAUAUAUAAUUUCUUUUCAGUUAUUUUAUUCCUGUAAAUAUAUUUGUAUAUAAAUAUAUAUCUAUCUAUGGUUUGCCAGGCUGCGAAGUUCCUUUGAUGUCAGCACUCAGGACGAGAACAGAUGAGGAUCAUUUACAUCCACGCUGAACACUUUUUCUCAUGCGGUGACUUUAGCGUCACCGUUCACGCAAAACGUGUGUUCGGACGUGUCGUCGAUCGCGUUUUUUGGGUUGACAUGAACAAUGUUUUACUUUUUAUUUUCUUUUUAAGUAUUUUUGUGCAACCAGGCGUCUGUGUUGCUGUCACAACACUCAGAGGGGACACACACACACUUGGCAAAUGGAGCCUCGCAGAACGUACGUCAAUGUUUAGUGCAUGUUCCUCAGCCCAUCACAAAUGUGACGUUACAAUUUGCACUAGACAGUUGCACCUCAAAUAAAAGUGAAAACAAAGAAAAAUUGAA